AUGAGAGCUUCUAGCAAUUCUACUGCUACAGCUACUGUCAAUGAUAACAAUAAUCUAAGCUCUGAUCUUGCUGCUUAUCUUCAAAAUCAAGAUGACACCCCUGCACUGAGCAGAGUUCUUCAAGAAUUUCAUGAAUGCAUCAAAUACCUUCAAAAACCAGCAGCAUUCUUUUCAGAACAGGUGAAAAUCCACAGAGCUCACCUGUUCAAGGAAUUCAAUGAUAUCAGUGCAACUGCCACCUAUGAUGACUUCAACCACUUGUUCAUAGAACAUCUGCUUGCAAUCCGUGUUGAGUAUAUUCACCUUGAAUAUGCUAAUAUUCCCAACUUCAUAUUCUUUGACAAGCUCCUCAACAGCCUCAUCAAGAAGUGGUCAACCUUUAUCAGAGAUCACAUGGACUAUGCAGCAAAGGAUGAUAAUGUCACAUCACUAGAAGAUGGUUUCCUUGAUCUCUGCAGGGAUAUACUACUCCACCUGCUGUUGAAUGACAAAAAUGCCAGAGAUGACACAAAGAAUGCCAAAGACACCAUCAAGAAGGAUAAGGAUAAUAAGAAGAACAACAAGAAGUGCACCCACUGCAAGCAGGAUGGCCAUGAAGAGCCUUACUGCUGGUUCACACAUCCUGAAAAGCAUCCUGUCAAUUGGAAGGAUAGAACAAAGAAUAAUAAUGAAAGCUCAGCGCCUACAUAUACCACUGUUGAGCAUGUCUACUAA